AUGCUGCCCAACACCCCGAGGCAGCGAAGCUUUGCCCAAGCGUUGACCCCACCACAUGAUCCAGAGACCAAGCCUCCCAAUACCCCAAGGCUGCAAAGGAGUUUUGUCCAAUGGAUGACCCCACCAAACGAUCCGGAGACCAAGCCUCAUUUGUCUCCUAGUUUUCCAUCAAGAAUACGCAGAGACUCAGAACAAUACGAGCCAAAGGGUCAGAUAGGCAAAGAAGCCCUCGAUGCGAUGCCGUCGUCAAAGUCUGGCCUCUCCGAGUUGUUGCAAAUUGAGGACUGUGGCCGCGACACCCACAGCGUGAUCUCUAGCAACGAAGGCUACUCAGUUCGAUUGGUUCAUCAGGACUCAACAGCUGUCCAUAACCCCAGCAUCAAUCCUUACUCAGAUGGAUGGAACUAUCGCGCCUCACCAGCUCCACAAGCUUUCGAUAUGCUUGUGGACAACACUAUUCCUAUUCCUCCAUCACCUCUCGGGCUAUAUCUGGGGAACUCCCUUUAUAUUCCUCCAUCGCCUCUCCGUACGCCGUUCAUCCUAAGACGAAGCCUGAGUGUUGGGAGCAUGGCUGCAACGGCCGCGAAUUCCAAACCUUCGCCGGCCUCCUCCAACAUGAACAUGAUCAGGGACUCAAAUGUACCAGAUCCGACUGUGGGGUUUGUUUCAGCAGAAAGGAGAUUCUCGAUAAAGAUUUGCUUAGUCAAGAACCCUGUCAAACCCGCGUCGCGGCUGUUGCUGGAAGUGAAAGCCAAAUGCCAUUGCGAGAGGACACGGGGCAAAUCGAAAUGGAUUACCAAAGGCCGUUUAGCACUCUAUCAAUUCCUUCAGUUCCAAUGA